GGAGGAGGAGGAGGGAGGAGGCAGGAGCAGCAGGCAGCAGCGCAUCGUCUCGUCUCAUCUCAUGGUGAGCAGCACCUCCCACUCCCAGAAUUCAAACAACUCCCCGCCGCCGCCGCCGCCUGUGCACCUCAGCACCGGCAUCGUCGGCUUCCUCGCCCGGCGGCGUGCCGCCAUGGCGACGACACACCACCCAUCAUCCUUCCAGUUCCAGCAGCCCCGCGUGGCAGCGGCACCGCUGGACUCGCCGGGCUCAUCCACCAGCUCUGUCGACUCCUCCGCGCCGUGGAGCUGCAUGGCUCAGGCUCAGCAGCAGCACCGCGCGCCGCCCGCUCCCGUGCUCCCAUUCGACAGCAACGACACCGACGAGAUGGCGCUGCUGGACAUGAUCGCCGGGCAGGGCCAGGAGGAGGCCGGCUUGGUCCUGGCGACGUCGAAGCAGGAAGAAGCAGAGGCGAACAAUGGCACGGGAGGAGCCGUGGGGCCUGGCGCUGGCGCUGGCGCUGGCGGCCGGCCGUACCGCGGGGUGCGCAAGCGUCCGUGGGGCAAGUUCGCGGCGGAGAUCCGGGACUCCACGAGCAACGGCGUGCGCGUGUGGCUUGGCACCUUCGAUAGCGCCGAGGCGGCAGCGCUGGCGUACGACCAGGCGGCGUUCGCCAUGCGUGGCGCCGCCGCCGUGCUCAACUUCCCCGUGGAGCGGGUCCGCCAGUCCCUCGAAGGAAUGGGCAUGGGCACGGGCACGGACUCUGGCUCGCCCGUGGUGGCGCUCAAGCGGCGGCAUUCCAUGCGGAUGCGGGUGCGGCGGCCAGCGAGCCGGAGCCGGAAAGCCAAGGCGGCGACAAGGAGCGAGGUGAUGGAGCUGGAAGACCUCGGAGCAGACUACCUGGAGGCCCUGCUGGGCGCCACCGAGGAGUCGGAGUCUUUGUGCCGGACCCACCACUCCAUCUGAACCUCAUCACGUGCUACCUCCUGCCUAGCUAGGCAUGCAAGUCAAGAUCAAGAAUGAUUUGUGUAGCUAACAGUAACUCUUUUUUUUUAAAGUUUGAAGAGACGAGAGAUAAACGUGCUUAUGCAUGUUCUUGAAAGAGUGUAAAAGAAAAAAAAAGAGUUUUGGGACA